CGGUAUACAUAGUACUACUACGUAGUCGAGGCCAUGGCCAGCCUAACUUGCGUGCUAUUUCAGCACAUCUGUGUAUACAAUUCGCCUUUUCCAGGAACAUCCGCCGGGCCCAGAAGUCCGCACUUCUCGUUCGUCCCUGAUGGAGAAAAGACGCCAAAAUCACUCGUGUGAACAGUGCCGACGGUCAAAAAAGGCGUGUGAUGGUUUCCUUAUCAAUAAGAAGCAAAAUGGCGCGCCGGUUUUCUCCAACCAGGACUCGGCAGGUGCUUCUAAAUCAACGUUGCCAUGCUCCUACUGCGCUCGAACGAAUAAAACGUGCAGCUUGAAUCCGUACUGGGCCCAGCAACGACGAGCGAGCAAAUCACUAUGCGUGGAUGAAGAAGCAACCGAGAACUACUGGAAUCGUUUAGAAACGCAGGAGCCCUUUCCACCACAUGUACAAGAACAGAAACCAGGGAACCUAUCAAUAUCGCUCCCACCAUCGCUUGAUCCUUGGAACGGCGAGCCAAGCUCCUGGCUAAGUCUGGGGUUGUUGGACUUCCUCGCUCUGGCCUCCCAUACAUCACCGGCAACCUACUCCUCGUCUUCGCCCGAGUCAUCCAACAGCUCAGAUGUGUUCUUUGACGACCCGAGUGCAUUUAAUUAUGCUGGCGAUGGGUAUCUAAUGGGCCAGGAAAUCAUAUGGGACAGCUCGAAUGAGCCAUCCCCAAUGUUCACGGGGAUGGACAUGCCAGGGGCCGUUGCCAGCCAUCAGGAAACCCAAUACCAGAGUGGACCUAAAAGAAAGAGGCGCAAGACAGAUUGCUCCGACUAUUCGGCGGCGCACUUUGCCAUGGAACCUGCGGAUCGUGAGUUGAUCUCGGACAGCGUGUUUCGCAUAUUCUACGACGAACAGGAGUGAUGACGGUGGGACGUGAGAAAAGUUAACUUGGCUGGUAUUGGAUCCACAUUCGAAGUCUAUCUUUUUAAGAAGUCUAGACUAAAACUCAGGUUUGAUUGAAUGGUGUGUAGCGCGAAUGUUCUUAAGUUAGGAGCAUGGCUCCCAGGAGCUGUUGAG